GUAGUAAAGUACAAAUUAAAAAGGCAAUUGCCACAUUACACGUUGAAACGGCAGCGUUCUGAUAACUCUCUCGGCACCCAGUAGUUUGCUGCAAGACACCGCAAACAAAUCCAAGUCUGACAAUUGCGCCGGUGAAAUGUCUCCGGCCGCUGAACUUCAGUGGCUCUGCCGCCUCAUCGACGACUAUCUCCGGCCCUACACGGAACCAUGGGCCUCUGUCUCUAUUUCCAAAGAGAAGGAGAAGGAGAUUCUAAUCGCUUCUUCUCAGGUCGUGACAAAAAUUAAGCUUCGGAUUCGUGAAUUUGAUUCUUCUGCAGAGCUGAAACGUGCUCCCGACGAAGAGCAAUGGUGCGGUUCGAACCAGCAUUCGUCCGUCGAUCAAUGUCUGCCUAGAACCGUCACUGAGAUGAUGGUUUUGUUGACUGUCAAGAGCGAGUUUGUUCAACACGUGGCUGUCAAUGCUCUUUCCUUAACUUCACGGUUUGUGCACAUAACGGGGAACAAUUGGGUGAGGUUUAUUCAUUUUUUAUGCUGUUGGUUGGAAAUGGCGAUCACUAAGAUGAUCUCAUGUUCGUCUGGGCCUUCUUCUGGAACUGAGAAUAGUGAAUUUGAUAGUUUUGAUGUUGAGUUUCUGAUGCAAUAUGGGAUUAAGGAUUUUGAUUGGUCUACUGUGGCUGGUGUUCUCCGAGUCCUGCGAGUUAUAUGUAAAUAUUUAGAGGAGGAGGACUAUGAUGAUGGCCUUGUCAAAGUGUACCAUGACUCUGUCAACUCCUGUCUUUUAAAGAUGCCGUGGGAUUUGUUGGACAAGUUCUGGAGUUGUGAGUUUGGUAGCAUGAAAAACAGCUCUUCUAUCAAUCAAGUGCACCUCAAUAAGUUCAGUGUUAUGGAGCCUGUUAUGAUUUUUCUUGGGACUUUUCUUCAGUUUCUAUGCUCCUUGGUUGACCAGAAGGAUCUAGUGGAGACUGAUUGUGAUUCUAUUGAUAAACAUCCACUUUUUAUUACAGUAGUGAAUCUUGUACCUAGACUUGCGAAAUGGUGUCUCCGCAAGCAAGAAGAUAAUACUGAGAAAUGCAUCAUUAAUUACUUGAAUCACAAGCUGCUGAUCCUGAUGAUCAGACUUGGUUCACUCACAGGUCUAGACUGUCGAAUCCCUUUUUCUUGGAUUGAACUCCUUCAUAACUAUUUUGAAGAGUUUUUGCAGCAACCCUUAACUCAAUUUCACUCUGAUCAAAUUAAUUGUCUGGAAGGCUCUCCAUUUUUAAUGAGUUUGUCUGAUGGAGAAGCAUGUCUGACACAUUCUGACCACCUACAAAGACAAGCUGUUUACCUCUUACUGGCUUGUUCUUUCAGUUUGAUCAGUCAAAGAGGAGAAAAUGCAAACCACUGUAAUUGUUCAACUUUGUCCUCCUGUUUCACCACUAACCCAGAUUCAGAGCAUGAUUGCUUCUGCAUGAAAAAGGGAUUUCUAGAACUUUACAAGUGGAUUCAAAGACAUCUUCCUACUGCAAUCUCCAUCAACCAUGAUAAUUACUUGGAGAUAUGUAUGGACUUCAUGUCAUCUUUCCUCCAGCUAUAUCUUCGUGAGGAUGAUCUAUUGUUUGAAGUGCUUUUACUAUUGUUUAGUAUAUCAUCCUGUCUCCAGCAACAGUCUGAAAGAAAGGGUGCUGCUUAUCAAGAUGUAACGAAAGAUUUUCCUUUUGCGUUGUCAGACAUUUUUAAUCCAGUGUACCAUUUCCAUCUGUUCCUUUGCGAGAUACAUUAUGAUCAUCAAGUGCUUCUAGAUUAUCUCAUUUCAAAAGAUACUGGAAUAAGCUCUGCUAAAUAUCUUUUAAGAUGCUUGCAUUUGAUAUGCAACUCAUGGAAGUUAUUUGUGGAAUUUCCAUUAUUUGGAGAAUUUUUGGAUCAAUCAUCUUGCAAGAGAAGAAAAAUUGUAGGGGAUGGUCUGCAGUUGCUAGCAGAUGGAAUGCCUACGUCAGUUGACAACAGUGGAAGUACCAUGUUGCUUAUCAAGAAUUAUAAGGAAGAUAGUGGAUGUGGCUUCAAGCGUUACAAUAUCAAACCAUUUAAGAAAGCUGCUGAAUGUUUAUUAUCUUUGAGCAAUUCUGUUUAUAAUCUUCAUCAAAAGAAGUUGUUUCCUUAUAAUCCCGAAGUGCUUUUGAGACGUCUAAGAAGAUUUCGAGAGUUCUGCUCUCAGGAAAGGGGAUCCCAUGGACUAAAAACUGAGUAAUUACCAAAACUGCAUGUCUGACACUGAAAGCUUGGCUAUCUUGUGCUUAUUCUAAUGGCUACAGAACAACAUUUUUGGGCGAGUAGGAUGCUCACGGAAUAAAGGCAGGCCUUAUCUUGAGUAUUGCUGGCACAAAUGAGCAGAAUGUGGAAAUUUUUUGUGCUGGUUCAGAAUUGAUUGGGUGUAAUAUGGCCAAUACAUUGACAUAGAUGGGACUUAGUGCCUCAGCUUUCCAUAUUUUUGGUGCUUGUGUCCUAUGUUAACAAGCUGGAAUUACUCCAAAUCCAUCAAUUACAUUACAUGCCAUCUCCGGAGGGUCCGGCUAUCAAUGUCAUCUUGAACUUACGAAGGAUGUCUUUCUUGCGGAUUCCUUUCUCCUUGGUACUUGGAGCUUGCAUUCUUCUUUAAACAAGCAUGUAUUGAGACCAAAACUGGAAAACUUCGUUGCUUUGCUUAAGCCAGUA